AUUCCCGGUGAUUUUUUUUGCUUGUUAUUCUUGGUCCCGCCAAUCAGCGAAGACAUCGUUGACUACGUAUUCACUUGUUAGCCAUCUAGCCGCAGCUCAGGGUAGUGUAUAACAGAAUGUGCUAGUUUUCAAAACAUAGGUACGGAUGACGGUAGCGUAAGCACAUCGAGGAAACUGAUUCAAAGACAAGAGCCAUCAUCGCCUCAACAGAAGUGUCACACCCGUAAGUGGCAGUCUAAAAGGGGACCGACAAGAGAAAAGCUGCAUUGUAGGCUACGAACAGCUGUCUGGAAACAGCAUGGUCACUCUAUCUGCAAUUCUAACUCCGCUUGGCCGUCAGCUUCAGAGACGGCUCCGCAAAGAGCUGCGAGACCAUCGCUGGAUUCCUGUUCGGAGAUGCAGCUUAACAGUGUGCUCGAGCAAAUAUGUACUCUCUCAAAUGCACCCGAUCUGGCAGAGUCCGCUGGCUGUCCCCGGAGGAGACCGCCAAUCGCCCAUCGAUAUAGCGGUGCGCAAGACGCAGCAAGAUCGGCAACUCAAGCCGCUGGAGAUGAACUACGACCCACGGACCUGCCAACAAAUCUGGAAUAACGGUUACUCGUUCAUAGUUGAAUAUGACGACACGAGCGACAGAUCAACUAUUAAGGGAGGACCAUUAGAAGACCAGUUUAGACUCUGCCAAUUCCAUUUCCACUGGGGCGAGUCCAAUGCUUGGGGGUCUGAGCACUCCAUCGACCGACGGCUGUUUCCUGCAGAGCUUCACCUGGUCCACUGGAACGCUGACAAGUACAGUCUGUUUGAGGAGGCAGUGAUGGAGGAGAACGGCCUUGGUGUCCUUGGAGUCUUCCUCAAGUUAGGGAAGAGGCAUGAAGGCCUGCAGAAACUUGUGGACGCUCUACCCGCUGUCAGGCACAAGGACAGUGUUGUGGAAUUUGGCCGCUUUGAUCCCGCUUGCUUGCUGCCGGAGAACACGCAGGACUACUGGACCUACGCCGGGUCACUGACUACCCCCCCGCUUACGGAAGCGGUCACCUGGAUGCUCUUGAAGCAGCCAAUCGAAGUCAGCCAUGACCAGUUGGCUGUGUUCCGUAGUCUACUGUUUACGUCGGCGGAGGAGGAGGUCCAGAGGAGUAUGGUGAAUAACUUCCGGGUGCAGCAGCCUCUGUGCGGCCGUAGCGUCCGCUCAUCCUUCGACCCCUUCCACCACGGGGACCCCCAUGCCCACUAAAAGCCCCCGCCCAUGGAUUUGCUGUCCAAUCCCGUGAGGACUUUGUUUGCGAGACGUCCCUUCCGACCAAUCACCUGUCAGCAUAUCAAGAAGGCAGCCCAUCACUCCAGUGGCUCUUAUUGGUGUCAUGACCAGGACAUUCUGCCAUCAGACCUCAAGAAGAUUUGCCUGUGACGUUUCACAGGCUUUGAAACUGUUUUAAUAGUUCUUAAUGGUUUUUAGGAUUGUAGUGGCUUAGGAAUAGGAAUUGGCAUUCGCUAGAAUAUACUUUUAUCAGUAGCUUCAGUCAUGUGAGUUCUGAAUGCUUUUAGCACUUACUUACAAGGACUCCUGGCAAACUUAUCUCUAUGUAUGUUUGUGUGAGUUGUGCACUUGAAAGGGGGCACCUUGUAGCCUGUAGCAGAGUUAUAGCGCCCUCUAGUGUGCUGGACUACACACAUACAGUCACCCUUUAAGUUGCCUCAAUCAAAUCAAACAGCAUUUUUUAAUGACAUUUUUUUUAAUGACACUUACAAUACUAUUGGCAGCUUCCAGCACUUGCAGCCUUUUCUAAUGAUAUCUCCACAUCUAUGCCCUUUACAUGCUCGCCCACUCACUCACAUACUCUACUGAAGCUGUUGAGUGCACAAGAGUGAUCGGUGAAGCACGCACACACACACACACACACACACACACACACAAAGAUUACAUGGACACACAACACAUACACACAUUCUCUCUCUGUAUCUCUUACACACACAUGCAUAUUACUACAAUUAAUGCACAAUCAACAGUGCUUAGUUCAUCAUGUGAUGCCUGCAGAAAAGUCCCCUCAUUGCCUUUACACAACUAGCUCUCUGUCUAUCUCUCUCAUCAGUCAAUACUGCGCGUGUGUGUGUGUGUGUGUGUGUGUGUGUGUGUGUGUGUGUGUGUGUGUGUGUGUGUGUGUGUGUGUGUGUGUGUGUGUGUGUGUGUGUGUGUGUGUGUGUGUGUGUGUGUGUGUGUGUGUGUGUGUGUGUGUGUGUGUGUGUGUGUGUGUGUGUGUGUGUGUGUGUGUGUGUGUGUGAUCAGUUUUAGAUCAGAUUUGGGUGGUUGAGAGUGCACCACUUAUUGAUCCCAAUGCGACAGAGGCUUGGCUGGUGCUGGUGUUGUGCCCUGCCUGUGUGUGCAGUCUGUGUUACAUUAACGUGUACAGACUGUGUGUGUGUGUGUGUGUGUGCGCGUGCGUGUGCACUAGUGGUGGUGCUUUUCUUCUUCCUUCUGGAAUGUUAUGUGCAUUCGCUCCACUCACCGUGCCUCUCCCUCCAGUGAAGUGACGGCUCGUUCACCCGUCAGAGCACUGGAGCAACAUCCAUCUGGUGUCUCUGCUGUAAUUACAACUUAUGACCAGCAGGGGCAGCGUUGCUCCAUGCAUCCAGGAACACUACUCCAUCUGCCAGGGCAUAGCAUAGCUGAGGCUGAGGCUUGUUUAGAGUUUAGAGUUUAGGGGUUUAGGGGUUUAGGGGUUUAAGCUUUAGGGUCAGAGGUGUAGACUUACCUCAUGUGUGACUUUGAGGACAAGUGUAAACGGACUCACGAGGGACCAGUUGGGAGGAUUAUACUCCGCAACACCCUGCAUUCCAGGCCAGUUUUUUUUCUCUCACUCUCUCUCUCUGUGUGUGUACAAUAAUAUUCACUAGGAAAGGAAAGGGCUUUGAUGGAAGAGGUCACGGGGGUUGUUUCUGUUUGGUUUCCGUUCUUGUUGGAUUUCCACAUUUUCUGUUCAGAUGGUGGCGGCAGCCGGUUCCUCAUCCAUUCAGAGGGGGUGUGGUGGGCGCCAGGCUCGGAGAGCAGCAGGAAGGGGGCGUA